CAGGCAGUCACAACCAGUCACCUAAUGACACAAUCAGCUCAUUGUGCCACUGAGUAAUACAGGACACGCUCAAGGUGAAAGAGGGAGAGAGACGGGUGCUCCAGAGAGUGCGAGAGACAGCCAGAAACCAGUGAACUCCAGCGAAUCCAGAGGAAUUCAGCGUGACAUCCAAUGGCGUCAGAGCAGAAACUACAGAGCACUGAUGAAAAGCAAAUGUCAAAUGUCAGCACUGCCAUAAACCCGCAAUAUGACAGCCAAAUGGCCGGCUGCUGUGCUCCCGACUCUGGCCACAAGGGGGAGACAGUGGUACAUGCAUUCACAGCUCCACCUGAGGACAGGAGGGAACAUGUAGAGGGGACAACAGUGAACGAGGGGCAUGGGGUAGGUACAGGAGGGCAGCGGGAAGGAGGAGAGGGAGCAGGGACAGAGGAGAGGAAAAAGGAGGAAGAAGAGAAGGCGACCGAGGAAGAGGAUUCAGAGAAUAGAGAGGAGGUACCUGUAGGAUUAUUGGUGUCACUGGAUGAAAAUGGUCCAUCAGGUGAGGAAAGAGCAGACCAAGGGCCACAGGGGACGGGUGAAGAGACAGCGCCAGAGACAACAAGGCCACAGGUGCCAAGCGAUGAGACAGAUGUACAAGGAAGAGGUACAGGUCUACUGAGGACAGGUGAAGAGACAGGGCCACAGGUGACAAGUGAAGAGACAGGGCCACAGGUGACAGGUGAAGAGACAGGGCCACAGGUGACAGGUGAAGAGACAGGGCCACAGGUGACAGAUGAAGAGACAGGGCUACAGGUAACAGGUGAAGAGACAGGGCCACAAAUGACAUGUGAAGAGACAGGGCCACAGGUGACAUGUGAAGAGACAGGGCCAGAGGUGACGGUUGAAGGGAAAGGACCACAGGUGACAGGUGAAGAGACAGGGCCACAGGUGACAGAUGAAGAGACAGGGCCAGAGGUGACUGGUAAAGAGACUGAGGCACAGGUGACAGGUGAAGAGACAGGGCCACAGGUGACUGGUAAAGAGACUGAGGCACAUGUGACAGAAGAAGUGACUGGGGUGCAAGGAACAAAUGAUGAAAAGGAUGCCCAGGCUAAAUUGGAAGAGACCUGUCCUCAAAGUACAAGUGAGGAGACAGAUGAUGACCGUGCUCCACCAGCCACCAUUCCUGAGGUAGGAGAAAAUGUAGGAACAGGCGAGGAGACAGGUGCACAGGUGUCAAAUGCAGGUGAGAAGUGGAUAGACAUGCUGGUCCACAAUAUAGUGACAGAGGUGACAGGUGAGGGGGUUUCUACAGAAGCCCAGGUGUCUGCAGAUACUUCAAAUACCACUGCAGUCAUCUCAGAGGGGGAAGAACAUUCCAACACGCAACUGACGGGAACGGAAACAAUGACAGGUGACAAGGUGACAUUGCAGGGAGCAGGUGCAGCCGUGCAGGUGAGUGACAGACAGGUGUCUAUUGACAGCACAGACAUAGCUGCACAUGAGUCAGACGAGAAGGCGGGGAUGGAGGUCAGGACAGAAGUGAAAGGUACACCAGAACAGCUGAAUGAAGAACCAACAGGUGUAGACACGCAGGUGGAGGAGGCAGCCACACGCAGGGAAGACUCAGCAGGUGCCCAGGUGAUAGGGGAGGAAGUACACGAGGAAGAAGGUGGACAGGUGAUCGCCUCAGUGGAGGAAACAGACAGGGAAGUGACACCUGAUGUGGACACACUCCCCAGCAGGGAGGGGACAGCAGACCAAGACCGGCCAGUAGCAUGCCGGGAGAAGGAGUGGCCGUCUCAUAUUUGCACUGCCAGUGAGGUAAGAACAGUCACAGCAGGGCAGGGAGACAUACAGCGAGGGUCAGAUACACCAAAGGAACCUUCUGACAAGACACCUGAGAUGAAGGAAAGAGAAGUGUUAGAAGAUGGGCCUUCUCCGACAGAAGAAACCCCCAUAGAGCGUGAGAUCCGCCUGGCCAUGGCAAGAGAGAUGUCUCUACGUCAAGAAAGGGGCAUCAGCUCCCCUAUUGGGCAGCCAGACAUGGUAGAGGUGCGCAGAAGGACAAUAUCGGUGGAGCCGAUGGCGGUUCCUGGCAAAGAACGUCAGCUGGCGGGGGCACAGAUGCAGAGGGAGAUCCAGCUGGAGACGCAAAGAGAGCAAGACUUGGUGGAGCUGGGCAAAGUAAUGGGCACCUAUGACCGUGGACACCAGCAGGAGCUCCAGGAAAAGAAGUUGAUCUUUGAGAGCAUGAACACAGAGCCAUCCGAUGCUCCCAUCAAGAAGAAACAAAGUGAGCCCCAGCAGCAGUCAGUGCCCCAGGAGGCUCCUCCAUCAACUGUCCUAGUAUCAAACAACUAUGUGGCUCCUGCAAAAGAGACCAAGAAGGGGCCUUCGUAUGCCGAAGCCAAUGGCAGCAAUGUUAUCAUCAUAGAGCACAGCUCUCUGCUCCGAAUGUCUGCUCCAGGGAAUACCUUUAGCUCCGCCCCUGCUGAUUCCCGUUGGUCAGCCCCUGCUGAUUCUCAUCGCUCCGCCCCCAAGGAUUCCCGACGAUCAAUCCCUGCUGAGAUCACCCAUACAAACUCAUCGGGAUCUCCUCUGCCCAACUCUGCUGACUCUGCUAUUCCUCCUGGAAGCCCUUUUCAGCUCCUCCGUUCACCAAGUCCACGUUCCCUGCUAGAGAGAGAAAUAGAAGAGGUGAAGGAGAGAGAGAAGGAACUCCAGAGGCAGAGAAGUAGCAUAUAUGGGAAAGAUGACAGCGUUGUGGAGAACACUCAGAAAACACAAGAGAUCAACUCCGACACCCAAAGCUUCUACCAACCAGAGCGUCCAAACUGGAGGAGGCUAGAGGUUAACUGGCCGCCGAACAAAGAGGCUGAAAUGAAUGGACAACAGCAGGUUUUGAACAGUCCACGUAACCGGCGGCAGCGCAGCGCUCUCAUCCAGAGCUGGGAAUCUGGAAACCCCAAUCCCAAGGAUGAUGAAUAAGGAGAGGUUGGGAGAGGACUUAGUAAACAAAACUUGGGAUAUGUGGAUGAUACUUCCUUACCUCUCCUCUUACACAUGGGAUAUCAGACUGCCGUCCUCCUCCUCAACUCCCAUUUUAGUGCUUCAGAUGUCACCAUAACAACUGACUGUGCCUCCUGCAUCACAUGAUCAGUAUCUAAUCUGCCAAUCAAGCUUUUGUAACCUGUAAAAAAUUAUUUGUAAUAAAUGACAGAAAAAUUUCAA